UGUUGUUCAGGGAGAAACGCACACAGUAUCGGGUCAGAGAUUGAUAAGACUUUUUACAGCACUGGCGAAAUUCGCUCAGUCGUUCGUCUAAUCUCGAGUGUGAUUUAUAGACUAGCCAGUGAGACAUGAACAGUGGCCAAAAUCGCGUUUCAAUUACCCGAGAUUGUGAGUGAGUGCUCAUUAUUUCUUAUCAAAGAAUUCUCAGUUAUUGAUUUACAUCGCGAUCGAAUACCUUCCGUGUGAUUUAUUGCUUUUAAAUGCCUUGCAAAUCUUACCUUUGAGUGACCUCAAGUGUUCAUCCGGAGAUUAAAUUGUGAGGGCUCUUCAUAUCCAUGGCCAUGGACCUCAUCGUGGGAGCAGUCAAAAUCUGGCGAAUGCAUUCUGGCUUCACAGAAAUAGUGACACAAAUGGAGGAAGAUUCGUUCUUCACGGAGAAGCAAUCAAUUAGAGAAUCUGGCAGAUCUCUCAAGAAAUACGGCAGCACAUGCAAUCACGUGAGAAAUACCGACGUGCUCGUUCGCCAUGAGGUGGAAAAGACGGACACGCUGCAGGGAAUCGCCCUGAAAUACGGCUGCUCGACGGAGCAAAUCCGGCGCGCCAAUCGCCUGUACGCCUCGGACAGUCUCUUCCUGCGACAGUACUUAAUGGUGCCCGUGGAUCGGAACUCGCCGUACGCGCCCAAGGAUGAGCGCCCCCACUCGCUGCCGCCGCAGCGAGCCAACACCUUCGCCGGCAGCUGUUCCACGGACACCAACGCAAACAGUCGCUCCCUGGACCACAUGGCCAUGUCGCCGGACGAGGAGAACAGACGGAGCGUGGAUGAGUUCCUGGGGAAGAUCGACAGCACCAUCGCCGAGUCCCGGAAAUACGUGAAGAAGUCCCAGAAUAGUAUUGAUUUCCUGUCUCCGGACUGUGUGGAUGGCGACGGCAUGUUCUCGCCCACGAGCAAGCGGUCGAACUCGGCGUCUUACAGCCACCCAGGCUCGUCGUCGCACCACCGGAACAGCUCAUCGGGCAGCGACUCCAGUCACCUGAUCAUGAUGACGCAGGGGCGCCACGUGCAGAACUCGUUGCAGCGACUCGAGAGACAGCAGGAUGAGCUGUUCGAGUUGUAGCAUUCGGUGAAUGCCCUGCCCAAGUUCUACUACAAGCUCUACUGCAUCAAUUUGCCCAAUUUGCGUGGCCACAUGAGUCGGAUGCUGCGGAAUGGGAGCGACGAGAGCAAGUGUCUGGUGAAGAGAGCACAAUUUUGAGGCGCAGCAGCGCGUGGAAUGGCAGCAAGUCGAGAGGUACUUAUUGAUGGGAAGAAAACAUAUCCUUUGGUGUCUCCCAAUGACAAAUUCUCAAGUCUGAGAAAUAAUAAGGAGAGCAAGAGCGAGAGAGAGAAAAGAGGCGACAAAUGUCGAUAAGAGAGAACGACAAGUUAACCCUCCAAAGCAUAAAUGUUAAUUAAAACAGAUCAAUAUAUUUAAUCACGGGCGCUCUUUUUUCCUCCGUCUUUUACACGGCAGCACCAAGAAAUAUCGAUUUAUUUUCAUACGCGAUCCCACUUUUUGAAGCGCACCCUCGCCUUUCGCCCCCAAUAUAAAUAAAUUCCGCAUUUUUUGUCAUGGAGAAAUGCAAAAAAGGGCAAAGAGAAAUAUUUGCGGGCAAACUCUUUCUCUAGUGCUUUCUAGGCGCCAUGUAUACAUUAGAUUUUCUUUGUCUAAAUUCGCUGGAUUUUUGCUCUCUCAACGAGAGAUUUUUUUUUCUUCUCAAUAUGAACAUGAUAUCAAUUGCCUUAUUGAGUAUAAUUCAGUAAUUAUUGAAUUGAUAGCGAGAGAUGUGAAGAGUGCGUGUUGAAUUGGAAAUAAAGUGUUUUGAGCACAUCUCGGAAAAUGGGUGAAAAAGAUUCUUGUAAUUAAGGAGCGAGAGAGAAUUUGUGAAAAUUAAGAGACUUUCCUUUGGUUUAUUCCAUUUCCACACAAUUGUUCUGUAAUAUUAGACUCUAAAUAUUUUAUGAAAAGAAAUAUUGUUAUAAGUUAGUGAGGAGAAGAAAAGAAGAAGAAGAAAAAAAAGAUAUAAGAGAAGACAUGAAUAAAUCACAUGAUAUUACUACUUGUAAAUAAUGCAAUGAUAGAGAGAGAAAGAGAGAACUUUACAUCAAGUAUUUUCUUCGUGCCUCCCAUUUGAUUUCAAUGUACAGUGGUGGAAAGAUUGCUGGGCGCACUUGAGAAGCUACCUUUGGACUCUGGGAAUUUUGUGUUUGAAAGGAGUUUAGUAUCAACACAAACAUUGAGAUGAAAGUGGGUCAUGUUGUCAGUCAACCAAGCGACAAACUCACAAAUAAUAACAAUAAUAAUAAUGAAUGGAAGUUCCCAAAAAAACAGCGAUGCCGCCACUGUAAAGUCACGCAAUUCAAUAAUAAUUAAUUCAAUUUAAUAUAAUCACAUUUAAUUCUUCUUCAAGUUUAUUGCAAAUGAAUCAUUGAACACACACACACACACACAAUAUUGUACAUAUGCAAUUUGUACAUAAAAUGACGAAGAGUACGUAAACAACACAAAAAAAAGAGUUGAGAUGAAAAUUAGCAACUGUAUAAGAAUAAAAUUCUAUAUUGAGGAAAUGAUUGUGGAAAUUUAACCAAAAAUAUUUAAUGUUGUGUUUACGUCUAUGAGCUGAUAAGAGGAAUGAUAAGAGAACGUAUUGUAUAAAAAAUACCUGAUAAAUAGAUGAUGAGAGAGAGAAUGA